GUCAUCCUCGUGGGACUUGGUCUGCAGCGAAAGUCCGCUGACCAACUUUCGGGUGAGCUGGAAAAACUCAUGGGUGCGGAGGGCACCGGCUCCAUUUCUCAGUCCCGCUCCGAUGAGGGUUCUUCCUGGCAAAUUAAACAACAGAAUCGAGAGGCCAAGAGACCGAAGCCCACAAGCGGUACUGACCAGGAGGCGGCACCGCUGUCCAGUUGGGCUCGCCGGAUCCGGGGUCUGCUCUUCGUCACAAUGCGUGAGUUGGUUCGAAGUCUGGAUGAGACGCUCAAAGCAGACGGUACGCAGCCGGCCAGUCAGGUGAGUCUGCUCUUAUAA